AUGAACACUUUUACUGAAGUUGAGCAAGCCAUCAACACAAUUAAACAAACUAUUCAUUCAAAAUUCCCUUCAUUGCAAAAUAUCUUUCAUGAAGGUUUAUCAUUGAAUGAAAUUGAAACUUUUGAAAAACAAUGUGGUUUAAAUUUACCAAAAGAUGUUGUUGCUUAUUUACAAUUAGUUAAUGGUGAGAAUCAGGCUUGUGAUUUUGAGAUCCAUGAACAUGUUAGAGAUGGUGGUGACGAUGAUGACGAUGAAGAAGACGAUGAUGACGAGGAUGAUGAAGACGACGACACUGUCAAGGAAUUAGAAAGACAACAUCAAGAAUUGGCUGUUUUCUUCGGUUUAAAAAUGUUGAAUUUAGAAGGUAUUAAACGUGAAUAUGAAAAUUUGAAAAAAUUGAGUGGUAACGAGGAAUAUGUUUUCAAAGUUCCAACUUAUCCAGAAGGUUCAAUCAGACCAACCCAAUUAUCAUGUUAUUGGAUUGCAUUAGCUUAUGAUGAUUGUGGUAAUUCAAUUGGUGUUGAUUUAAAACCAGGUCCAAAUGGUAAAAAAGGUCAAGUUAUCCUUUGGGGUAAAGAUUUUAUGGAGAGUAGAAUAGUUAUUUGUGAUUCUUGGUUGGAAUUUUUAAAUCAAUUUGCAAAAGAUUUGAAAAAUGAUGAAUUAUGUGAAGUUCAUCCUGAACAUCCUCAAGGGUUAUUUAUUAAGAAAUAUGGUUUGUAUAAUGAUUAUUUGUUCAAAACAAAAUUGAAAGAAUAUACUGCCAUGCCAUAG